GUAGCCUACUGUUAAGAUUAUUUUUGUUUUGCCACAUUUGAACUAAAUUUAACAGUAUCAGAUACAGCGCAUCAUUUCAUCUCCUCUACAUGGUGUUGUGUGAGUUGCUGCAGCAUCACUUGGUUGUCAAGUUCAACAAGGUGUAAACAUUAGGCUACCAUGAGGUCCAACAGCAAGCACCCAGGGGCAGCAAAGGUGGGGAUGACGCGGCGCAGGAUCCCCUCCGAUGGCUCUGUGUCCGUGUCGGCCCGCAGCAGCAGCAGCGUUCUGGAACGAACACCGUUGUCAAAACCCAGAGCCAGUGAUCCGGAACAUGUCUUGUCACAAAUUACAACAGACGCGAGUGCUGAGAAACUCCAGAAGGAAAACGCAGACUUGAAAAAACAGCUGGAGGAUCUGAGGUGUCAGUACCAACAGCUCCUGGAGGAAGGCAAGGAGGAGACGCUGGAGAAGAGGAGGGUGAACCUGCUCAAAGCCCAGGUCAUGCAGCUGGAAAGACAGGUGGUGCUGCUAUCUGAGGGUCUGAGUGCGCAGGUGUGUCGGUGUCAGGAUGUGGAGAGAGCUCUUGACCCGCUGCUGGAGAGGCUGAAGUCGCUGCUGUCCUCUGAUGCCCAGGGUGGUGCGGAGGUGUGUGUGGCCCGCUCUGAACUCACCCAGCUGGUGGAGAGGUGUGCCGACGUCAGGCAGAAACUCCACAGGAAAGUCAAGGCAACCUCUGUAGAAGACCUCUCCAUGCCCUGGCUGCUGACAAAGUCAAACCUGGUCAAGCAGCCCGUAACCUUGCUUGAUCUCUGCUACGGCAAGACGGAUAACUUAAACCUUCAGCGCGUCAGUGCCCUGGAGUCCCGUCUGUGCCAGCUGUUUAAGCACCUGCAUGGGAUCAGGCAGACCCUGGGCCUCCUCCUAGCACCCGCAGCCAGAGGAGGAGCAGGAGCAGCACCAGGGGACGGGACGUCCCUGGCACAGGAGCAGGAGGACCAGCAGGAGCAGGAACAGGAGGAGGAGGAGGAGGAUGACGACGACCAACACCUCCCCUCCAGGCAGCAUCGGCACCAACAGCAGGAGGAGGAGAAGGUCUCUGCUGCCCACAGGGUGUCCUCGUUCUCUGGGGCCUCUUCCUCAACCUCCUCGGCCUCCUCCCACAGACUGUCCACACUCCCGGGCAUAUCAUCAUCAUCAUCAACCCCCUUGGCCUCCUACAGACCGAUCCAGGGCCACACAACCCUUGCAGAUGCCCCCAGAUUGUCCACCCCCUCGGGCUCCUCCUCAACCCCCUCUGCCACCCCUAGAUUGUCCACCCUCCCAGGCUCAUCAACCCCCUCAGCCACCCCUAGAUUGUCCACCCUCCCGGGCUCCUCCUCAACCCCCUCAGCCACCCCUAGAUUGUCCACCCUCCCGGGCUCCUCCUCAACCCCCUCUGCCACCCCCUAUAGGCCGCUCCGGUCCCCCUCGGCCUCCUCCUCCAGGGUGCUGCCGGGCCCCUGGGCCCUGUACGCGCGGCUGCUGAACCAGGCGGCGAGCUACCUGCCGGAGCUGGAAAGCUGCUGUAGCGACCUGAUGGUCCUCUCCCUGCUCAGGCCCAGUGCACCAUGGAGGGGUGCUGGGCAUCAGGAGGUGAGCCUGGAGCUGUGUCCAGAGGAGGUGCUGGCGUGCCUGCCGGCCUUCCCCAGGGGAGCCCCUCAGCAGCGGGCCAGGAGGGCAGCAGAGGCCCUAUGCACAGCCUCCAGACACGCCCAGACCAUGGCACACACACAGGUGGAGGCCCUGCAGGCUGAGCUGGAGUUCCACAGGGCCCUGUACCGGCUGCAGGUCACCUACACAGAGGAGCUCAUUGAGGGCGUGCGGCAGGCCUACAUAGCCUUCCAGGACGACGUCACACACACCCUCUGCACCCCGCUGCAAGAUGUGCUUUCAUGUUAUGCUGAUUUGCGUCGGUCGGCAUCUGAGGAGUCUCUGCGUAGCUUCCUGACAGCCUUCAAGAGCAGAGCGCCGCUCAUCCAGGAGGCAGUGGGGGCCCUCCACCCUUCACACAGCCAAGGCUCUGAGGCACUGUCCCGCUACGGUGAGCAGUUCCUGGGGGAGGUGCAGCGCGUGCUGGGGGAGUGUGGCCAGAGGAGAGAGGUGGCCGCCGGGCAGCUGGAGGUGCUGAGGAGGGAGCAGGAGCAGGCCCUGGACACGCUGGACUCCCUCAGCCAGGGGAGGCGCCAGAAGAGGAGGAGCAGAGAGCAGCAGGAGCACCAAGGAGGACAUGGUGGUGGUGGUGGUGGAGGUGCUGGAGGAGGAGGCAGGGAAGGUGGAAGGGGUUCCCAGGGGUCUGGAGGAGGGUUCGAGGGGCUACCAGCGAGGGCUGGUGAAUAUAGUCGCAGGGGCAAGGGUGAGUCCGUGAACUGCCAUGAUGGAUCUGAGAUGGACAGUGGUGAAUCUGGGAGGGUACCUCAGGAGUUUGGGAAGGGCCAGGGUGGAUCUGGGAGGGGCUUUGAUGGACCUGGCAGUGGCUUGGACAAGCACGAGCAGAGAGUCUACAACAGGGGCUCCGACAGGCCAGGAGUAGCCAGUCUGGUUGGGGCAUCCGGUGGGGGCUCAGGUGGGUCUGCUGGGGGUUCUGGAAGAGGGUUUGAGCAGAGGGGUCGGAGUGCGAGCAGGGAGUCCCAAGCAUCGUCACUCAUUGGCUCAGCAAGAGGUUCUGGGAGGAGCCUAGAGAGGCAGGGGAGGAGCUCCAGAGAGACGAGCCGGAUCAGGAGGGGCUCCAUGGAGCAACGGGAGGAGGAUCACAUGACAAAAUGGCGGCGUACAGAGCACGUGGGCAGGGCUGAUCUAGAACAUGAGGGCGAUUCGGAAGGGCAAGAGCGGAACUUAGAACCACUUUGUAAUCUAGAACCAUCAUUCAGGUCAUUGCAGCUACAGGAUGAGUGUCCAUUAGAACAACAACCACAACAGCAACAAAAAUACAGUUUUGCCUCAGAGCCCCAGAGAACAACACCUGUGCAUUCCAGGCAGUCGUCCGCAUCAGGCAGACAAGAGCGAGAGCGCUCUCUCUCCCUCAGCCGCAAGGGAAGCACAGGGGACUCUGACCACAGAUUCUCCGACUCCAUCGGUGGGGGCCCCAGCAAUGCGAAACUACCCACCCUCCCCAACGCCAGCUCCAGACAGAGGGCGGUGAGGAAAGCCCUGUCCACCGACAUGACAGCAGACACGGGCUCUCGACGCCCUCCCGCACAGCAGCCAACUACCACCACCACUGUAGGCAGGGUCAUCCAGAGGACAGCCAGGAGCACGCUGUGGCAGACCCCCCCGAACGACCUCUCGUCCAGGCCAGAGUGGCAGAGCUAG